AUGGCAUCAGGAAUAUUAAAGCUUAGCCAUGCCUUUGGAUUUCGAACUGGCGUAAAUAAUUCGAUACUAUCUAAAGAUGAUCGCACAAUAAUAUAUCCUUGCGGAUCAAAUAUUGUGCUCUUUAACCUUGAACGAAAAAGUCAAAAAUUCAUAUCUGGAUUAGAAAAGAGUAAUGGAAUGUCAUCAAUGGCUAUUAGUCCAAAUCGUCGCUACCUAGCGCUAGCUGAGAAAAAGAAAGAAUGUCCAUGUAUAUCUAUUUAUGAUCUCGCAUCACUUAACCGUGUGAAAAUACUUCGAGGGAUUGGCCUUAACACAGAUGAAUUUAAGAGCAUAGCAUUUUCACCUGACUCUACUUACUUGAUUGCACAAGGUGGUGAACCUGGUUGGGUUCUGACCUAUUAUGAGUGGGAAAAAGCCAAAAGAAUUGCAUCGGUCAAAACCUCGCAGUUUAAUCGAAUUUAUGAUGUGUCGAUUAACCCAUAUGACAGCACUCUAAUUUGUGUGACUGGAAAGGAGACAUUUCGACUAUACAAAUAUAAUGAUGAAUUUAUUAAACCCGUUGGUCACUCUCGUGUCGACAGGCAUAAUAUUCGAUGCCAUGCUUGGAUAAGUGACGAUCGAAUUGCAAUUGGAACGGUUGAAGGAAAGUUGUUAUUGAUUAAGAAUGGUGAAGUGCUUGAGGAACAUACUAUCGUUCCUCCUGUACCAAUAACAUACGAGGAGAGCUCUUCAUCGUCGAUUAGCUCAGAUGCCGUUUUGGAGGGUGUAACAGCAAUCGCAGCUGCAUCAAACUUUAUUUUUGUGGCCUGUGCACAGGGUGCUGUCCAUUGCUAUAAGUAUAAUCCAAACGCUGAUCAGUUACGUCGUCGUAGACGAAGAUCCAUUGCAAACUCUGAUGAUACAAAAAAUCAAUUAUCAUAUUAUAAUUGUGUGAAGCAAAUUCGCAUUCCAAAUGAUCGUAAACUGAAUGAUGGUUCUGACGAUUCAAGCAAAUGGAUUAUAACCCAACUUUGUAUUACUCCAUCGGAAGAGAUUCUAAUUGCGGGAACAGAGUCUCAUCAGCUUUAUUACUACGAUUUAUCCUCUGAAUAUGAAGUGCAAGAAACCAUGGCGGAAAAUGAAAAUUUUGAACAGAUAAUGGAUGAUCGGCCCGUUGAGAAAUCGAAGGAAAGCGAAUCACAAUCUGAACCCGCCCUCAAGAUUGAUUAUUUCCGACAAUUAGCUCAGUCGUUUCACGAGGGUCAAAUAGUAGGCCUCGAUAUCUGUACGAGAAAACCACUUAUUGCAACUUGCGCAACUGAUAAUACAGUGAGAAUAUGGAACUUCGAAACUAAUGAUCUUGAUUUAUACAAAGAAUUUCCAGAGGAGGCCUACAGUAUAGCACUUCAUCCUCUCGGCCACUUCAUUUUAGUAGGCUUCAGUGACAAGCUGCGACUAUUGAAUCUCCUAAUUGACGAUAUCCGAAGUUAUAAAGAGUUCCCCAUCCGAGGUUGCCAUGAGUGUGCGUUUAGCAAUGGAGGUCACCUAUUUGCGGCCGUUCAAGGAAACAACAUUCUUCUCUAUUCCGCCAUAAGUUUUCAACUCCUCAAUACACUUAAAGCUCAUAAUGGGAAGAUUCGAUGCAUACUGUGGAGUUCAGAUGACAGCAAGUUGAUAUCCUGUGGUAUGGAUGGUGCAAUUUACGAAUGGGACCCUUACACAGGUAGAAGAAUAAGUGAAAAUGUCAUGAAAUCUUGCAGUUAUACAAACGUUACGGCUUCUGAAGACGGUAAGAUGAUCUACGCUGUGGGUUCAGAUAGGAAAUUGAAAGAGGUCACUGAUUCAACAAUAGUCCAGAGCAUAAAUUCCGCGGAUAUGCUACUCACAACCGUCGCACUCUCUCGUAAUGGCAAAAUGCUCGUUUGUGGUAGUCAGGAUGGCCACGUACGAUCCUACAAGUACCCCUUCACGGAUAAGCAUGUUUGGGAUGACUAUGUGGGUCACAGCGGUCAAAUUGUGAAGAUGAAAAUAACUCUGAAUGAUGAGUACCUGGUCACUGUUUCAAGUGACAGUACCGUCAUGAUAUGGUCACUUCAAGAGCGACACGCCAGAAAUGUCAAAAUUGAGAAAGAAACUGCAUGGGCUGAGGAAGUCCUAGUUAUGCGGUCAGAUUUGGCAGAAAAGGAUUUUGCAAUGCAAGAACUAAGAGCUCGAGUGGAUGAGCAGAGGAUGGAAAAUGAAUACCAGCUUCGUCUAAAGGACAUGAAUUUCAGUGAUCGGAUUAGAGAGCUCACUGAUAAAUUUCUCCUAGAAAUGGAAUCCCUACGACAGAGAAAUCAGCUUCUUCAAGCUGAUAAAGACCGGGAAGAAUCACGAUAUAGCGAUGAGAAACAGGAGAUCAUGAGACUGCAUGUUCAAGAAGUUAAAAGUCUGGAAGCUGCGAAGAUUCAACAACUCGCUUUGGAGAGAGAAAAGUACUCGGAAUUUCAAAAGGAGACUAAGAGGAUGCAAAAGGCUUAUCAAAUAAAGAUUGAUGAAUUAACAACUUUGAAGGAACAAGCGAUAAUAGAUCUGAAACUCUUUUUCGAGGCAAAAUUAGACAGAAAAUUGGAAGAAAUAGGUGAUUUGAAGAAAGAGAAUCGUGAACAAGUUACAGAAUUUGAAUUCACUAAGAGGUUACUUGAGGAAGAUGUCGAUAAGGAGAUUUUGGGCUUGAAGACAGAUUAUGAACAAAAACUGCGAAAAGAACGGGAACUUGUGGCCCGACACCAAGGAGAAGCGGGCAUAGCGAAGAAGAAAUGUGAAAGUCUUCAGAAGGAGAUCGACGAGCACAUAGAGGAGCUGAAGAAAUCCCAACGUGAAACUCAUAAACUUAAUGGUGUGAUUAAGAGCCUAGAACGAGAUUUAUCAGGGCUGAAAAAGGAAAUUCAGGAGAGAGAUGAAACAAUUCAAGAGAAGGAAAAGAGAAUUUACGACUUGAAGAAAAAGAAUGAGGAGUUGGAGAAAUACAAGUUUGUCCUCUCCUACAAGAUAACUGAAUUAAAGAAACAGAUUGAACCGCGCGAGAGUGAUAUACGUAAAUAUAAGGAGCAAAUUCAGGAGAUGGAAGGCGAAUUAGAGCGUUUUAAUCAGCAAAACAGUGCGCUAGAACUAACUAUUGAAGAGCUAAAAGAAAAACUUAAGGCCACAUUGGUUGAAUUGAAGAGUGAACGUGAUAUGAGAAGAAAUAUUUACAUUACUGUCAAACGUUUUCGCACGGAUAUCUUUAAUGUUGUUGGAAAAAUACAAGAACCCAAGGCCCUCAAAGAAGGUAUUCUUGAACUCUACCGAAAACACAUUCAGAAUGACAUGUCUUCUGAAGUAAUGCUUGCCGAAGAGAUGCAACGUGAGUUCUCUCGUCAGAGAGAUCAUCUUGAACGUACUCUCUCUGGAGUCCGCAAAAAACUUGCCAAAGAUACCGCUCUUCACAAAAGCGAAUUCAUUCGAGUCAUGCAUGAAAAUAUGGAAUUAAUUGAAGAAGUCAACAAACUUCGUGUUGAGCUACGCAACGCCCGACAUCGAGUUCAUAAUCUUGAAUCUACGAUGGGCAUCAACCGUAAACAAGGAAACAAAGCUCAAGAAAUUCUUGAGCGCAUCAUUGGUGCUCGACCGAAUCCUGUGAUAGUAGCGGAUUUAGAACAGGCCAACCGAACACUUCAUGAACAGUCGAACUUCAUAUACGGACUUCAACAGCGUAUAAUACAUGGUCCAGAAUACUGUGAUGAUAAUAACAACAAUUUAAGUAAAUUAAAACUUCCACCACUACAAUCAAGUAUCGAUGACGAUCAAUCUUACGUGGAUCAACGAGCGGCAUCUGAGAAAGUAGCCCAAUCAAAGUUCGAAACCCUAUCUCCCAAGGCGGACUCUGUGGUGUAG